AUGUCGCCUCAGCAUUGCUCACGCCCCAGGCGGGCCAUCAGCUUCAGUGAGAUCCGCAUGGCGAAGGUCACCGCCGUCAUCGCUUGUCCAGGCGGCAUUCCAGACACGCUCACCCAGGACGAUCAGCGCACCAUGCCAGCCAGGAAGGCUAAACCGCGGCAGAAGGUCGUCGAGAAGAGGCCCGCGUCCGCGGUGCACAACAGCGACGCGAGCCCCCAGAUCACGUCGAAGAAGUGGAUGCGCCCAGGCCUUCCCAGGGAGUUGAAGGUGUCCAGCUCCGACGAGUACUGUCCGACGGUGACCGACGACGACGACAAGCCCUUGGAGACCGCCGGCGACGCGAUCGUGGAGUCCGAGGACGACAAGCCCCUGAGCAUCUACAGCAGCCCCAAGCGCGCCAAGAGGAAGCUGCAGCCCGCCACGCCUGGCGACGACUGGAUCGAGGAGCUCGGACGGUCGCUGACUG